CCCCUCUCUCUCUCUCUAUCUCUCUCUCUCUCUCUCUCUCUACUGCGAUUACAACGAUCCGCCAUUGACGAACCACAGCACCACGGUGCGAGCCGAAUGCAAACGAUUGCACUGAGGAGAUGAUCCGGUCGAUUCUGGAAUUGCCGGCUCGCCCAUCCUUUAAAAGGAUCCCGAGGCAAAUCGCCGGUCAGCAGAGGUCCUUAUAUCUUUCUUCAAGAAGGGAAUUUUCGACUGCUGCUCCACAAAAUGCAUCGACUGGGAAACCGGGAAAGCCACCUGAGUCUGGAAGUUCAUUACCUAAGUUCAUUUUGGGAGGUAUUGCUGUUAGCGCUGCUUUCAUGGCGGCUUAUCAAUCUGGCUACUUAGAUCAUAUGCUCGGUAAAGAGAAGCAUGACUCUCUCGAGACCUCUAGGAUCGGUCUUGAUCUGAAAAAUCAGGAUGCAAAUUCUCAAGAUGCAAAGUCCCUCCAUCGUUUUGAAGAGGAAAAAGUUUUAACUGGUGGUGAAGUGCUCAAAGAUUUGAGUCCUCAAAUGAGUGAUGGGAAAAAGGAUGACAUCCAGCCAGUUGCACCGCGAUCUGAUGCUUUAAACGAGAGUGAGAUUGAUGUUCAGUCUCACUCACAGGAUAAAUCUGAAUUCGCACUUGGAGAAAGUAAUGCCUUGAGCCAACUUGAAGAAUCGCCCACAGCUGACAUGAUUUCUAAUGUUGAAAGCACAGAUUCUGCAGUAUCAUCUGAACGGAGUCAUGAUACACAAAGCCCGAUGAUUAGCGGAAGUAAGCUACCAGAUGAGGAAGUUGGGCAAUUAUCCAGUCAGGCUAGUUCAGUUACCGAUCUCGAUGAGACAAAAGUAAUGCCUCAUCAGGAUCUUGUAGCAGAAGAGAGACAGGAGGAUGCAUCUGGUCAUAUUAUUGAAACACCAGGUUCUCUUCUCGAAUCAUAUCAUCUGAAGGAUAAAUCUGAGGAGAGAUCUCCUCCUUCUCUCAAUAGAGACAUUGACAUUGAGGCUUUUGCUAGUGCAAUUGAGGAGUCAAAUGAUGGUGUAGCUACCAAAGAUGGAAAACUGAUUCUUGAUUUCUUACAAGCAAUUCAUGUGGCUGAAAAAAGACAAGCUGAGUUAGAUGCUCGUCAUUUUGCUGAAGAAAAGAGAAAAAUGAAGGAGAAGUACGAGAAGGAUUUGAAAGAUGCAAUUGCUAGAGACCUUAUGCAUGCAGAAGAGGCUGCAUUACUAGAUAAGGAAUUGAAAAGAGAGAGGGCAAAAGCAGCAGCUGCUUUGGCAGCUCUUCAGCAGAAGUUGGAAGAGAAGCACAUACUGGAACUAGAGCAAAAGGAGAGUGAAGCAGAAAUGAAACUGAAAAAAGUGGAGGAAUUGGCAAAAGCAGAAAUGGUUUCCGCAAUUGCACGUGAGAAGGCUGCUCAGAUUGAGAAAAUGGCGGAAGCGAAUCUCCAUAUAAAUGCCUUAUGCAUGGCAUUUUAUGCUCGAUCUGAAGAGGCUCGGCAGAGUCAUUCUGUUCAUAAGCUGGCUUUGGGAGCACUUGCACUAGAAGAUGCUCUUUCCAAAGGGCUGCCUAUUAAGGCAGAAAUAGAAGCUUUGCAAACUUAUCUUGAAGGUAUAGACAAGGAUUCAGUCUUGGAUUUAGUCUUAUCAUCUCUUCCGGAAGAAACAAUUUUCCAUGGCUCUGAUACCAUGUUGCAAUUGAACCAUCAGUUUGAUACAUUAAAAGGGACGCUGCGACACUUUAGCCUUAUUCCACCUGGAGGUGGUGGCAUCUUGGCUCAUUCUUUAGCACGUGUCGCUUCAUGGUUGAAGAUCAAAGAAGGUGGCCAUUCUGGUGAUGGGAUCGAAUCUAUCAUUAGUAGAGUUGAGAGCUACUUGGCAGAAGGGAAACUUGCUGAAGCAGCAGAUGCUCUUGACGAAGGUCUACAAGGAAGCCAAGCAGCCGAGAUAGUCCGUGUGUGGGUCAGGCAGGCAAGAAAUAGGGCAAUUGCCGAGCAAGCCCUAACUCUGCUUCAGUCAUUUGCCACUUCAGUUAGCCUCACUUAAACUGCAAUAACGUAAUCUCACUUGAGGCAUGUCCCAUAAUAUCUGCGACCCUCAUAAAGAUACAUCGAGAAAAAUUGAGCAAUGUCCUGAAAUAGGACUGAGUGGCUUUUUUAACACCACAAGUUUGGCUACUGAACCUGAACAUAUCUGUUCAGUUUGGCGAGCCAUUUUCGUUAUUCCUUCUCAACGGCUCAACAGUUAUGAGGAAUUGUUCUGAGGUUGUCCUACUUCAACUGUCUGUAGUCUUUUUGAAUAAGAAAAUCUUCUCAUAAAUUUGCAUAGAAAGUUCUUUUUCCCCGAGGAUCAGUUUACCUUGUCAGACUGAUGGUGUAUUGAGGAUGAGGAUAUGCUUGUCCUGGUGAACCCUUUGAUUCCCUGAAGUUGAUGAGAACUUGUUCAACCGAACGGAAACUCAUACCUUCCUUGCCGGUCGGCAGAUGGAUUCCUGUACCCUAUUCAUGGAUUAUGGGUUCAAGAAAUUGUGCAGCCAAUCUAUUGUUUAGUAAUGUGAAACUGAAUAAGACCCACUUAAACAGUAAGCUUUAGGUCUGGAAAUCGUUCUGUCCUCUUUUCAACGUA